AUGGGAUCACCGAAGCGAGCGGCAGCAAAGGAGUCACGGCUGCAGUUGCGGAUGGCUGCACGCUACCAAAACGCGCUGGUCACCUUCCACGAUGGUGUGCGGGAGUUCAACAAGCAGCUCGACGAGGAACAAAUGCUUCGGCUGGUGAACCUGAAGGAAUUUCUGCAGCGCAGCCACAACGAGUGUACCGCAGCGCUACAGGCAGAGACGAAUCGCGUGGAGGCCCACAAAAAUCUGCUUGCGCAGCCCGCCGUGUGUGACGCAGAGGAGCUUAUGCAGCCGUUUACAGACGACUACCACGAGGUCGAGGUACGCAUAGACGACAGCAAGGCUCGGCUGGAGGCGGAGCGCCAGCGUCUGCUUUCUCUGUGCGUCGAGAUGCGCCAGUCGUAUCAGUCGCGCGUUGACGCCAUCACGAGCUGCGAGGAAAAUAUGGAGACGCGUGAGAAGGAGAGACGUGAGGGGCUUAAGAAGUCGCUUGUAGAGUUUGUAGAGGCUCUCACAAAGAUCAGCUACACAAGCAUUGGUGCCUCCCACGUCUUGGCGCAGCGGGCGAUUCAUGAAAUCAACGAGCAUCUUUGUAAAAAUCACACCAGCAGGGAAACUCUUUUGGCGCAGCUGCGCUGUCGAGAGAUAUUGCUGCAACGGCAAUACAGCCGCCAGCUGGCUGAUGUCUACGGGACUUCGCUGGAGCUCAUGAUGCGGAGUUGUAUAAGGUGGGCAACAACGUUGUUGCAAACGGCACACUUCUGCCGACCGCAGUGCCGCAUGCGGGCGGUUGAGCAGACGGGCCGACUGGUCAGCAGCAUACGGCGGGACGGGACGCAGUUUCUAGGAAAUAUGGCAACGACAGUGCAGUCACUGCGCCGCGCGCGUGAGCCGCUGCAGACGGAGUGCGGCCAAAUUUGCGGUGGGACUCUGCCUGAUGGCUGGCUGCGCAGCUUUAACGGUGGCCUUUUCUCACCAGUUUUCCCAGUGAGUCCCUCGGAGGUGACGGUGGAGUGGCGCGUCAAGGCGAACGUGCUGGUACGCAACAUCCUGGUGCAGUGCGCCACCGCCGUGGAGGAUGUCCGGAUUGCGGAACAGGAGCUGUGUGCGGAGGCGGAGUUGCUCCUCAGUGAGUUGCACACCCUCGCGCGCUGGAUAUGCGAGCCGGAGGCGAAAGAGACGGAGCUGUUGGCGCAGGCCUCAUUGUACGGCGUCGAUGAGGUGUAUAGCCGCUUCACCUGUGCGAAUUCUGCGCUGCAGGCACAAUUUAGCGCCGAGGUGGACGCGGGUGUGCUUCCGCUGCUCACAAUCAUCCGACGUGAGAGCCAGUGGUUCACUACCAAGGUGGAGACUGAGCUGAACAGUCAGCACGCGGCGCUUGAGAGUGUGCUGCUUACCGGGCCGAUCAACGUACUUUUCACCUUUGAGAAGGCGACAGACGCGUUGGAGGAGACUGCGACAAACGCCCUGGGUUUUAUUCGCUCCGGGUUUAUUGCUCUCCAUGAGGCACGCAAGGACCACGACGACAAUCUUCGCCACGUGGAGAUGGAGCUCGCGCGGAAGCAGGAGGAACUGCAGCACGCGCCUACUAUGGAGACAGCGGAGGUACUGUUUGUCGAGUGUCUGGCUGUGCUUGAACGCAUCGCCGCCCAGCACGUGGAUUUCAAGCACCACACAGUGCAGUCGCUGCAGCGCGUGGCGCAGGAUGGGAAGAUGGAGGUGGAGCAGCACUGCGCCAAGUUGUUGCUGCUUUUUGGCCUGGAGAGCGAGGAGGCGUGCCUGCAGCGCGAGCGUGAGGCGGCGACGACGGCGACGACGACCACCACCACCACCACGAAGCGGGGGCGUGCGAAGGAAGUCGUGGUGGAGCCCGACACCCUGAGUGAUUUGGAUUCGGUGCCCUCGUACCCCACCAUCACGGCGGUGGAUGGACAGAUGUACUAUGUCGUUGGGCCCAUAGCGUUGGGCGACAGACCGCCCACUACGUCAGCAGGAGCAUCGCCGUCUUCGCCGUCGCAACAGCCGCCGCAUCAGUUGCAGAGGAAGAGAAGCUUUGGCGGCGAAGGUGGACGCAACCGCCUGAUGCCGAUCGGGAAGAGGCGGCCGCCGCUUCCGCAGUCACAGCGCAGCAGCAAAAAGGUGAAGGGCGGGGCUGCACAGAGUGAGAGCAGCGGAACCUCCCCUCGAUUGUCCCCAGUGCCGGUGGUUUUGCCACCGCCUGCCUUUCUCGACACGUACGAGUCGCUGCUGCGGCCCACGCUGCAAGGGGACAACGAGGCGACAGCAUCGCUCUCAUCGGCCACGGUGGAGGAGUGGCGCGAGAUGCUUCGUGUGGAGGUGCUCAACUGGACCGUGCAACUUCGCCACAUCUCCGUGGAGCAUGUACAAAAGCAAUGCAACGCGCAGAGGUCCGCAAUUGAUGCGGAGACGAAUAAAAUCCUGCGGUACCACCGACGUCGUCCCGCCACAGUGCAGUCCGAAUACUACGAGGGACGCAUACGCGAGAUUGAGACGACGCAAAUGAAGAAGGAGAACCACUGCAACCGUCUGCUGGAACAUUUUACGGUGCUUGAAAACGUCUGGUCUUCCAUUGGGGGGGGUGACCAGGCGGAGGCCCACGAUACCCAGCUGUUCGAGCAGCUGCAGGAACUAGAAAAACUGGCUCCAAAGGCGAACACGACGAACGCACUGAUCUUGCAGGAGCGGAACUUUGCCUCCCUUGCCUCCACCUCUUUGGAGGCACACUCAAAUCGCUACCACAAGAUCAUGGCGGAUGUAGCGAAGCAGAAGGAGUUAUUGGAGUCCAAGUGCCGUAAUUACCUCCUCAGCUGCGGGAAGGGUGUCCCGGAGAGCUUUGACAAACUUGAGGACACAAGCGCGUGGGACGACCCGAAUGACAGUAGCUGCAAGCAGGUCAUUGAAGUUCUGCUGCGAUUGCACAACACCGCAAAGGCUCUUAAGGAGAAACUUAGCUCGGAGCGCGAUCAACACGUGCAGCACUUGGACGCGGCGAAGUCCAGCUACGCGGUGGUGUUUGAGCAGAACUUGGAGGAGUUGCAGCUGCUGGAGCGUGUGCAGGAGGUCCUGUCACGGCUCAAGGUGCAGGUGCACUCCCUCAUGACGCUCUCGGAGACAAGUGAGGCAAAGAUUGAGGAGACGUUGAAAGAGUUGGAGGAAAAGCUGUCCUCAUCGCCCUUGUCAUACGACUUUUCCAACGCACUGGCGAAAGUGGCGGGGUGGGUGUAUGGCGGCGCAGGCGCCACCGCAGAGUCGUUGACGCUGCCUCCUGCAGGUGGACCCUCCUCCUCACCCACGCUGUCGAUGGAGUCCAUUGCGAGAGGACCGGGGGGAACCGCGGUGACGCUCACGGAAGAUAGCAUACGCGAGGUGGAGGCCGAGCUGAGUGAGCGGUUGGCGGAGGUGAAGACCGACAUUGAGCGGCAGAUCCGCGCGAGUGACAUGUCAAAGGUGCUGCGGAUUUUGGAUCACAUUCGCGAGAUGGUUUAUGUGCGUGGACGGCAACUGGACUGCCUGCAGUACGGCAUGGAGUUUUUUAACGUGCCGCAGGAAAACUACAUUGACCCCCGCCUUGGUGCCAAGGCUGAAGCAGCGGGGGAAGAUGCUGCCACGGCCGCAGCAGGAGCGGGGACUGAAAUAGCAACAACUUCCGCCUUAUCUAAGCAGGGACGCGUCCGAGGCAGGUCCAGGUUGUCGAUAUCACCGAAUUCCGUGUUGGCCGCGCUCUACACAACAAAUGAGCCUCCCGAAGUUAUCUCGGCGGAGCGACAGGUAAAAAAUUGGCUGGCGACAGCCAGGUCACAGGUGGAGCAUACGGCAGAGCAGCACUUUUCUGUGUGCCCAUCCCCGGUUGUGCGCCGAUUGCCCGGCAUGACAGGUGGGAGCUUGCAGGACGUGAUGGAGAUGUGUGAUUCAGUUUGUGACCAACAACAACGGAGGGUAAUGCAGCACGUGGUGCAGGCGACGCGACGAUACCGAGAGCAGGUUGACCGCCUCUUUGUGGCAUUGCAGAAUAUGCCGAGGUAUCUGGUCAAUGGGACAUGCGCCUUGUCUUUCAUGGCACUCGAGCGACGUGUCGCGACUGUGUUUGAUGUUUUUGCUAGCUUUUACGGCGAGUCUGACGCAAUCCGGGCGAUGCACGAUCGCCUCGUUAAGGUUACCCUCGCAUCGAACUACAACCACAGCAAACUGAACGAGCUCUGCAAGGCUGAGAGCCUCCGGCAGACCGUGGCGCAAGCCACGAUCGAAAAACUUUGGGGCUACACGCUGCGCGAGAUAGAGGAUGAGGCCGCCAUGCACGCGGCACGAAGCCUUAAUGUAGACAACAAUUUUUUUGCAUUUCUGCGGGGGGUUGUAAUGCCGGAGAGUUUAAAGCCCGCCGUCGAUGACGAGGGCAGUGGACGCCACCGGGGGCUGCGUGGCCUGCUGCGCCUCAAGGCAAAGGAGGACCGCGGGAAGGAGGCGCAGCAGCAGCAGCAGUCGUCGAUGAGGCGUGAGCGGAGGCUGCGUGAAACGAUGACUCAUCGCUCCUCGUCCGGCACACUGUUAGGCGGUAAAAGGGCGGAGUCCGCUUCACCUGUUGAGAUGGCGAGUGGGCAGCUGCCCACCCCGGCGCCGCUGGAGGUGGAACAUGGUAGCGUGCCGCUUCACGCUUUGCGGCCGCUGGAAUCCUUCAACGCCGGGCACCCGAGCGCCACCAUCAAUCUUCCGAACAGUGACCUCACACCGACGUUUGCCCGCGUCUCACUGGCGACGCGGCUUCAGACUCCGCCAGCCAACCGAAGACAGAAGAAGGAUGUCUUCGGCCCGCCCGUGGCCGAUGAACGGGGGCCGGUGGUGACCAUUGUUGCACCUGAAACGUCUUUGCACAUGAAAAUCGCAAAGCUGACGCAGCAGUCUGUUCAAUACUUUAACACCACCUCCUCGAACGUAGUGGACAGGGCGAAUGAUGCCUUUCAGGGGUGGACAGAGCAGGAGGCGAGGUGGCGAGAGACGUGGGGAGCAUCCAUAAAGCGCCUAAAGGGGUAG